CCUUCACUAACUUAAUAUCUCUUGAGGCAUGCUAGAGCUGAGGCCUCUGUUAGCUUCCUAGAGCCUCAGAGGCAACCCGUCCUCUGACAACUGCAAACAUGGAAUGAAGUGAGAAAAUAACAAGAUAAUACCGACAAGCAGGUGAAGAAAGAGCUGCUCACUAUGGAGCCAAAAGACGAACGUCUCCCUCGAUGGAGUCUGGGGUCCGGCUCCGGUCUACGUUACGGCUCUUUUGUGAACAGCCUUUCAUCGCUCACACCAAAGGCAGAGGAAAGGGAGAAACCGGCCAUAUCACCUAGACGUGCCUACGUCGCUGUAGCUGUGCUUUGCUACAUCAACUUGCUCAACUACACAGAACGGUACACAAUAGCAGGUGUCCUUCCCAACAUUCAGAAAUUCUUUGACAUAAGUGACAGUAUGGCUGCACUCAUACAAACAGUUUUCAUCAGCAGUUUUCUGCUGUUGGCCCCUCUCUUUGGUUACCUUGGGGACCGCUACAACCGUAAAUACAUCAUGAUUGGUGGUUUGACUAUGUGGCUUGUGACUGCAGCCGGCAGCUCUUUUGUCACAGAGUCGUACUUCUGGCUUCUGAUGCUGUUGCGAGCCAUGGUCGGGAUAGGAGAGGCCAGCUACUCCACCAUUGCUCCCACCAUCAUUGGUGACCUCUUUGUUGGGACUCGACGUAGCGCCAUGAUCUGUGUCUUUUACAUCUGUAUCCCUGUAGGAAGCGGUCUUGGAUACAUAACAGGGGCAGGGGUCGCUACGCUAACAGGAGACUGGCGCUGGGCUCUCAGGAUCACUCCCAUCUUGGGUGUAGUGGGACUUGUCUUGCUGGUCUUCUUAUGCCCUAACCCACCCAGAGGUGCUGCAGAAACCAACGGAGAGGGAGUUACAGGGGAGAGCUCUUACAAGCAGGACCUCAAGUAUCUUCUGAAAAACAAAAGUUAUGUGUGGUCAUCGUUGGGAGUGACAGCUACGGCCUUCCUCACCGGAGCCAUGGCUUUCUGGAUGCCUACUUUUCUUUCCAGAGCUCGGGUCAGUCAGGGACUCCUACCGCCGUGCUUCAAGGAGCCCUGCAACAACACAGACAGUUACAUCUUCGGUGCUGUGACGGUGGUGACGGGCAUUCUGGGAGCGUGUCUUGGCAGUGGUUUAUCUAGAUGGUUUGGUGUCAGGGUCACAAAUGUGGACCCAGUCAUCUGUGCAGUAGGCCUACUGGGAUCGGCCCCCUGCCUCUUUAUCACCAUCUUUUUGGCAUCAGCAAGCAUUCCCGCAACUUAUGUAUUCAUUUUCAUUGGUGGAGUUUUGAUAUCACUGAACUGGGCUGUCAUGGCUGAUAUACUGCUGUAUGUUGUCAUACCAACCAGAAGGGCCACAGCUGAGGCUCUCCAGAUUUCAGUCUGUCAUCUCCUGGGUGAUGCUGGGAGUCCUUACUUAGUAGGAGUGAUCUCUGACGCCAUACGCAAAUCUAAACCUGCGACUCACGAUUGGAGCUUCCUUAGUCUGAAGUACAGCCUCCUGGUCUGCCCAUUUGCUGGGAUCCUGGGGGGACUGUUUUUCCUCAUGACUUCCAUUUACAUUACUGGAGACAGAAUGGCAGCUGCACGAUUGGUUGAAGGUACUGUAAAUGGGUCAUUAUUGGCCUUUUAUUCUCUACAAAUGGUGAUACCGUACAACCCUGACUCAAACAGAACAACUUUUUUUUCAGCUUUGGUUACUUGCUAAAAUCAACAUAUUCUGAGAAUGUUUCAAUGAGAAAUGUAAUGCAGGAGUUCUGUGGGGAUGACACACUGGCACAUGAUUAAGUCCUCACCCUCGUGUUUGCUUGUUAAUGCCACUAUCACACAUGCUGGAGAGCCCUUCCUGAGCAAUAGCCUUCUAUUCAAGUCUCUUACUACAAAAUAGCACUCCUCCUGAUGCAGUUAACACCAAAUUCUCCUUAUCUGAACACAUGCCCCAGUAACACACUGGCAGUCUAGUUUUUCUUAUAACUCAGAAACAGAGAAAGACCAAACUUGAUUAAAAAAAAAAUAGCAUUGUCUUUCUAGUUUGGAUCAGAGUUUACCUCAUUCUCUCCAUUCUAUUAGAUUGUUAAUAAUUGACAAUUACUGGUUUGUGAGGCAGCUGCACCAACAGGGCGACAUAGUUGGCAUCACCUCAGCAGAUAAGAGCUGGUUCUCACCUAAAGCCCUGAUCACACCGAGACGCAUGGCUAGAAACGCAUCGCCCUCCAAACCAUUGUCUUCCUGUGGUACGGGCGCAUGCUCCUCUUUUGUGCUGCGCUUUGCGUUUUCCGAGCGGCAUUUUAUUUGCACGUACAAAUUUAAAUAUUCCAAACUUUUCAGGACCAGGCACUGCUCACACAGUGCAUCAAUGGCAAACUUGGCCCAGGCAGUCAAUCGAUUUUGAAGCGGCCAUGCCUACAGCGAUACCUGGUCACUUAGUUUCCUUGUCAUUAAAAUGAGUGCUCUGUCCUAUUAUUUUCAAAUGUUUAAACAUGUUUGUGUGUGUGUGUGUGU